CUCUCACGGAUAACGGAGACAUUAUUGCAGCUCGUGCUGACUCGCGCUGUUUCCUCUGCUGUCCGGCUCGAGGACGGACAACACACCGCACCGAGAGCACUGGACUGUCUUCGUGGAUUUCUUUUUCCCUGUUGUCUGAGCUUAGAACUUAUUUUGCUUCCUGCGUCCCACUUUUCUGACCCGAGAGCGCGAGACAUGGCAGAGAAACGGAGGUCCCCGUGCGCACUGAGCGUCAAGGCGCACGCGUUUUCUGUAGAGGCGCUCAUCGGAGCGGAGAAGAGACGCAAGACAGCCGAAGAAGAGGCCGUGUCCCCGAGCUACGAGGACGGCACUGAUGUGUCCGACCUAACCGGGAGCCCGGGCCCGCGAGCCGAUAGAGCGUGCACGAGCGACCGGGGAAGCGAGGCUGAGUGUGCGAGUGACGGAUCCCCAGAGAGCGAGGACGCGCUGCUGGAGAGUCCGCAGCCCGCAGCUCUGUGCACGGCGCCGGCCACCGGCACCGGAGAGGAGUCCCGCGUGGACCUGCAGGGAUCGGACCUGUGGAAACGGUUCCACGAGAUUGGCACGGAAAUGAUCAUAACCAAGGCUGGACGGCGGAUGUUCCCCGCUAUGCGCGUCAAGAUUACGGGCUUGGACCCACAUCAGCAGUAUUAUAUCGCCAUGGAUAUAAUCCCUGUGGAUAACAAACGAUACAGGUACGUGUAUCACAGCUCUAAGUGGAUGGUAGCUGGGAAUGCAGACUCUCCAGUGCCGCCCAGAGUUUACAUCCACCCGGACUCCCCGGCCUCAGGGGAGACGUGGAUGCGUCAGGUGGUCAGCUUCGACAAACUCAAACUGACCAACAAUGAACUGGACGACCAGGGACAUAUCAUUCUGCACUCCAUGCACAAGUACCAGCCAAGGGUCCAUGUGAUCCGUAAGGAGUGUGGAGAGGAGUUAUCCCCAGUGAGAGCUGUGCCUGCUGGAGAGGGAACCCGCACCUUCGCUUUCCCUGAGACCGUGUUCACCACCGUCACAGCGUAUCAGAAUCAGCAGAUUACAAGGCUGAAAAUUGACAGAAACCCGUUUGCAAAAGGCUUCAGAGACUCUGGCAGAAACCGGAUGGGUCUGGAGGCUUUGGUUGAGUCUUAUGCCUUCUGGCGGCCAUCUCUUCGAACACUCACAUUUGAGGACAUCCCCGGCAUGGCCAAGCAAGGACUCCCUGGAGCUCAUGGAGCAUCACCUCACCUGCUCUCCACUUCCCCAUGCUCCUCACCUUUCCAGGUGUGCCCACUAAGUCCACCUGACUACAACUGCGGCCGACCCACACACCCUCUCCAUCGCUAUAGCAACGGUCCGGAGCCAUUCCCCCCUCCCAGAGGUCCGUCUGCAUACGAAACCGAAGGAUUUUGCUCCCUGCCUCUCCCUGCUACUCAACUCAGCUAUCUAGCCAACCCUACCCCUCAGGGUUACGCCAGUCUACGCCUCCACACACCGCCCUACAGCCUGUACGGUUACACAUUCCCUCCAUCACCACGCCUUGCUGCCAGCCCUGAUAAAAUGGCUGCCGCUGCCACUGCCAACCAUCCCAGUCCCUUCCUUGGCUCAUCUCCCAGUGGGACUCUAACAGACAGUCUGGGUGUGCUCAGUGGAGGACAGCAGGGCUUCUUGUUUGACUCUCGGACUUUAGGGUUGGCAGGUAGCCAAGCGGGAGGCGUCUCGCAGGUCACUGCCCACAUGGGCUGAAUUUGACUCCAGACAUCUAUGGUUGUCAUGAAACAAAGUGACUACAAAGGAAUGGGUGUAAUUUGCUUUUGAGUCAGAACUUUUACGAAUUAAUCAUCCAUGUGCUGAACGAGCAUCAGGCUGGUGAGAGAGGAGAAGCUGUGGCCUCAGUGGCCAUAAAGAGCUUCACAAGACUUCCUAAACCGGAGGGAAUAUAUAACAAAGUUCUUAUCUCAAGCAUACUCUCUAGGACAUGCACGUGCAGCGACAGUAAAGGGAUACACUUUCUCCAGCUUUGGAUAAGAAGUCAAAAAGAUGUAUAAAGUGACUGAACUCUAGCUGAAUAUGUACUGGGCAGAAACUGUGCAGGUCCAGGCACGCAAUGCAAGCACUUCAAGCCCUGGCCAGGCCCUGUACUUUAUCUUAAAGACUUACACCGCUUUUUACAUGCCCUUCCUUAUCAUGCAAACUUUGGAAUUAGUUACUCAACACUUCUUCUAACCUUGUUUUUGUUGGGGGGGCAAAAUUUAGAUAAUUCCAUAAAUUAAAUUCUGCCGCUUCACACCUGGUGGUGUUCAAGUCUUUGAAAAAACAAACACACAGCUAAAGUUCAUCUAUAAAAUGCACUACUGGCGGGACCUUUUGACCACUCUGACUUAAAAAAAAACUUUACACAUACAACCCCAGAACCCGUCACAUAUUCACACAAUGACAUCAUGGCCAUGGGGAGAGCUAUGGGAGCCGUCCCAGUGACAGUUAUGGACUGACAAAGUUAAAGCUUCGGACUGAGCUCCUUCUUCUCCGUCUGGUUUGACGGACGUUUAUGUGAUGCAGCUGUUUGGAUGUCAGGAGGAAGAACAUCUUUCCUUGUGUGACACAAACCUAACUGGACAUGAUGACUCUGUAUAUAGCGAGAGAUGUGUAUAUAAAGGGUUGUGUGACACUUCGCACUUAAAAACUCUGAUGCACCUGCUUCUGCUCUUUCGACCGGGUCAGGUACAUGACAGCCAACCCUGAACCUGCCUGAAAAAGCUUUUCUUUGCAAAUGCGCUAUAUCAGCUCGCCCUUUGGCUGAGGACCUUAACAUGUUCUGUGACCUU